AAGCUCGACGACCUCGAGUACGAGUACAAGGAGAUCAAAGGAGACAUGAUCUACUUCAAGGAUUACGCGGAUGAAGUGGACAAAGCCAUGUUGAAUGCCAAAGAGAAGAUUAGGAGGCAGAGAAAGAAGAUCAAAGAGCUCAAGAAAACCAUGGGUGGGAGACAGCUUUGGAACAGAGUUACCGAUACGUACAAGACGUACGGAGUUUGGUUCUCAGAUGGAGGCGACAUGGACGCCUUCCUCAAGAACAAGGACGACCAGCGCAUGGAAGAAGAAGUGAACCGCCGCCUUGGAGAGAAAGGCGGACAAGGAAACAAAGGAGGCAAGAGUGGAGACAGCAAAGGAAAAG